CAGUGGACGACACGAAACUCAUGCACUUUCUCCCCAAAAUGGCGUCGAAAGGGAACCAGUUUCUUUCUGAGCGCUGUGUGGCUCGCAGAGCAUCCGUGGGCGGGCAGCUGCGACACGGGCAGGCAGUCACAUGAUUCGCGCAAAGCCCAGCUGCCCAAUUCCAAUAUGGUGGCCAGCUUGGCAGACCUACGGUUCUUGUUGAUGAUAUUAUUGCUCUGCUGGAGGAUCAGGGACGGCGCCUGCACCCAGCAAGCCCCGUGGGUUCUGGGGCUGCGACUGGAGGACCCAGAAGGCCAGGUGUAUAUGAAGGGGCGGAUCAUCUCUGCGCCGCAAGGGGCCAGUUUCAAGCUUCGGCUGUUUGGUUUGGAUCUAAAUGGGACCUGGCCGUGGGUGGCGUUCGCUGGAACAAGACAGGAGGAGACCGGGGUGGUGGAAUAUGCAGCUGACCCGUGCGAGCAGGAGACCCGCCGUGACUCCGCCGCCUUCCAGGUCACCGGGGAGUUCACAGCGGACGAGGAGUACAGCGGGUUGAUAACGGUACAGACGCGGGACAAGAGAAGCACAACUCCCGCUGCAUCCUCCACGGGAGGAGGGGAUGAUGCCAACCCUACCUACCACCACCACCUGUGCGUGUUGAAGAACGGAAGCUGGGUGUCGGUGGGACCGGACAGGUUGCAGAUCAACAACGACGCAGGUCUCCCGGCAGACUACAUCCCUCGGUGGGGUAUGGCGGUGCUGAUCGUGCUGCUGACCCUGGUGUGCGGGGUACUGAGGAGCGUGAACCUCAGCCUGUUGUGGCUGGACCCCCUGGAGCUCUACGUUUUCCACAGCUGCGGCUCCGAGGAGGACAAACGGGCCGCCAAGCGCCUCGAGCCAAUCCGGAGACGAGGCAACUGCCUGGUGUGUUCUCUGCUCUUCCUGUGCGCUCUGGGCCACUCGGUUCUCGGUGUGCUACUCUACAGGGUCCUGGGUUCCAUAGCGCCCGCCGUCUUCGCCAGCGGGUUCCUCAUCUUCCUGGUGUCAGAGCUUGUUCCCCACAUAGUGUGUUCCGGCUACGGCUUCCAGCUAGCCCCAGGCUUCACCUGGCUGGCACAGGUGUGUAUGGUGCUGACGUGCCCACUGUCGUGCCCGCUGGGCCUGGUGCUGGACCUGGUGUUGAGACGUGACAUCAGCACCUGCGGUGUGAGGGAGAGAGCCAUGGAGAUGAUCCGCACCAACGUCAAUGAUCCCUACAGUGAGUUUGUGAAGGAGGAGUUUAGUCGUGGUGCGCUGCGCAGGAAGACCGUGGAGGACAUCCUUACUCCACUGAACGACUGUUUCAUGCUGCCGUCCACCGCUGUGCUGGACUUCUCCACCAUGUCAGAGAUCAUGCAGAGUGGAUACACACGAGUCCCCAUCUAUGAAGAGGAGAAGUCCAACAUCGUGGAGAUCUUGUUUGUGAAGGACCUGGCUCUGGUCGAUCCUGACGAUUGUACUCCCAUGACGACCAUCACCAAGUUCUACAAUCACCCACUACACUUUGUCUUCAACGACACUAAACUGGACGCCAUGCUGGAGGAGUUCAAGAAAGGAAACUCUGCCCUGGCCAUUGUUCAGAAGGUGAACAACGAGGGGGAGGGGGAUCCCUUCUACGAGGUGCUGGGAUUGGUCACCUUGGAGGAUGUCAUCGAGGAGAUCAUCAAAUCAGAGAUCCUGGAUGAGUCAGACGGCUACAUGGACAUGAAGGUGAAGCGUCCCCUGGCCCCUCUGGAGAUUCCUCUGGAACCUCGCAGCGUCCACCAAGAGUUCUCUCUGUUCAAACUCCCAGAGGGAGAACCCAAGAUCCGCACCUCACCUCAGCUACUGCUGGCCACACACCGCUUCCUCUCCAGAGAGGUAGAACACUUCAGUCCAGCCCGUGUGUCAGAGAAGGUGUUGUUCCACCUGCUCCGUCACCCCAGUGUCAACCAGGAAGUUCACUUUGACCCCUCUAACCGCCUGAGCCCCGACCACUACCUCUACACACGCAACCACCCCGUGGACUACUUCAUACUGCUACUACAGGGGCGUGUGGAGGUUGAAAUCGGUAAAGAGGGCUUGAAGUUUGAAAAUGGAGCGUUCACAUACUACGGUGUGUCUGCACUCACAGCGCCAACCUCAGUGCACCAGUCUCCAGUUUCGACCCAGCAUCGUCCUCCCAGGGAUCCAUUUGAGAUGGGAGACGCCACCAGCCCGUCCAGCUACUGUCCUGACUACACCGUCCACGCCCUCACUGACCUGCAGCUCAUACGGGUGACUCGCAUGCAGUACCUGAAUGCUUUGAUGGCGUCGCGUGUUGGCCAGAGCCCAGAAUCUCCUGAGAUCAAGAUCCUGCCUAACAGUCAGACCAAGCUGCUCAACGAGAGGAACACUGUCACACAAGAGUUCCCUGUAAACUUUUCUUUCUUUGACAACAUUGACAACUACUGUUAGUGUUUUCUGUGUGCAUGAGGUAACAAAACAGUCUCCUCAGUGGCAUGACAACUACAACACACACACACACACACACACUAAAAGGACACCAAGGCAUUGAGAGAAUUACAUUUUCAGUCAGUCACAAAGCACCUGAGAGUCAUUUAGGGAUUUAAUCAGACUUGAGAUCUGCAACUGAAGUCUUCUAUUGACAUCACUGUAUGGUUUAUGUAAAAGUUAAGCAUGCAGAUUUCAAGUCUGAAUAUGGCCUUUAGAAAGGUUAGUCUCUUUGCCAGAUCCUUCACAGACACUGGGAUAAAGCUUUGUGUGGAAUGUACCCAGUUAGAGGGGUUCUUUUAGACUGUUUCUUCUCGAAAUACUUAGUGCCAUUUUAUUUUAGUGCCCUUUAUUUGUAUCUUACAGAUAGUGAGAUGCAAUCAGGUCAGGUUGAAUGAGAGGGUGUGUGUGUGUGUGCGCGGUUUGGAAAUAGAGGUGUGUGUAUGUGCUUGAAAAGCUUAUGUCUGUUUCCUUGUUCUAUCUCGUCGCAUCUUUCUGUCCUUUUCUGGCUGCCCCAUCUCAUCCCUCUCUACUGGGUACGUAUGCUGCUUUUCUCCAUCUCCUUCUGUGUGUACAGGACACCCACAGGAGGUAAAGACUGCAUGUUUGUUGACAAAAAGAAACAAGCACCAAAAUGUGUCCAUUGCAUUGAAUGUCAAUGUCAAAGAGCAUAUUGUGAUGUCACAGGGUGCCAUUGUGAUGUAAUAGUGGGCUGCAUUGUAACCUCCUAAUCGGUGGCAUUAUGUCAUUGUGUGAUGUCAUCUCCCCACUCACGGCCUCCCCCUCUCUCUCAUUGGCUGGGUUCCACAGGUGGCAGUAAAUCCCAGGAAAGUUCAACGGAAGAGGAGGCUCAUGGGUAAUGAAGUUCUCUCUGUCAGAACUAUGUGUGUUACUCAGACAACCAACAAGGAGGCUUUUUUAAAAUAUAUAUAUAUUUUUAUCAGUGAAUCUCUUAUCUCUGGAAUGCAGUGAUUGGACCUGGCUGAGUGAGCGUCUGUGUGUGUGUGUGUGUGUGGCUACUGCACUAUCCUCAGCCGUUUUCCUCAUUCAUUAUACGUUUCACACCAAUCGUGUGUGUGUGUGCGCCUCUCCUCCCUGUUGUAAUUCAGCCUCCUUUGCCUAAAAGUUACAUUGCGUGUUCCUUCAUUAUUAGCCUAUCUGUGUGCCAAAGCAACUCACGUCAACCCCCUGUGUGUGUGCAAUUGUGCGUGCGUGUUGUCACAACCCGUCCAUCCAAGCAUUAGACACAGGUUGGUCAAAAAAAGCCACUUCACAGAAAUGUUUACACCGCUUUUGGUGAUUUGCUUUAGUUGUUUGAUUAUACGUCCAUAUUUUAUUUGAUACACUCCCACAUAUUUGUCUAUCUAGACCUAAUGGAAGGCCUGUAUACAGUAUAUCAGGAAACCUACGGGAUGAUUGGAACUGUUUUCUCUAGUUAAAGGGCUAGAUCACCCAACAUUAAAGAAACAAAUAUGUAUUUGAAAA